CAACGGCUCCUCCCUUCCCCUCUGCAAUUACCCAAAUACCCUCCCGCGAAAACUUCACGAGAAAAUCUCACCCGCCAGCCAGCGCCACUUCUCACUUCUCCCACUACCCCCGGUUGCCGGUAACUUUCCGUUACAAAACUCCCUCUCUCUCCCACAUAUUUAUCCCACACCCUCUCUCUCCCAACCAAACAUCUCUCCACUCUGUUUUCUUUCUACCUCCAGAUUAGGGUUUCCCCGAUUUCCAAUUCUCCCAUGGGCGCCGCGCCAGCACCAGAAUCCGACGCGGAAACGGCACGGAGAUCCGAUUCCGUCGCCGCCUGUUCCAUCCCGGAGGAGAACACACUCCUCUCCCACUCCCGCUGCUGCUUCACCUUCCCUUGCUUCCCCUCCCGCCGCCGAUCCAGUUCCUUCUCUUCCUCCUCCUCUUCCCCUGCCUCCCCUUCGUCAUCCCCUUGGUGGGAGAAUUCCUGGCUGGCCGGCGGGAUCCAGGCCGUCAAGAAGGUCAGGGAGUGGUCCGAGAUCGUCGCCGGUCCCAAGUGGAAGACCUUCAUCCGCAGGUUCAAUCGAAAGGGCGCGAUUGGCAACAAUAGUAAUAACCGACACGGGAAGUUUCAGUACGAUCCCCUGAGUUACGCCUUGAACUUCGACGAGGGCCAGCACAUGGAUUUCGAGGACUACGACGAUUACGGCAACCCCGUCGGUGGUGGUGGAUUUCGUGAUUUCUCUUCGCGCUACGCUUCGGUUUCCGUCUCCGGUAAGCCGCUGAACAUGGACGCUCGCGUUAUCGAUGAAUCGUCGGCCGCCGUCGUGUGAAUGGAGUUUGGAAAUUUGGACUCUGCCGGCGGUGGUUGCUAAAUUGCGCCGCUGGGAGAUGGGGAAUUGGUUUCCGUCGCAGUCGGAGUCGGGUCGGGUACAGCUGGAGCCUGAGUGGAUUGGGAUGGGUUUUUUUGACUUGGGCUGGGGGUGACGGCGACGUAGCGUGACGGCGCCAAUUCCUUCUCUGUAGUUUCCGUGUCCUUUAAUUUCUUUAUUUUUCUUUCCUUUUCUAAUCUUAAUUUUCGUGAUUUUGUAAGUAUAAAUAUUCAAUAGAGAAACUUUAAUUUAUGUUUUUGCUUUUUUUGAUUCGUUUCCUUAAAAAGAAAAUAGGAAUUCAAUUUGAUAUGGUUGUUUAUUUUUUUUUUAUUGUUCCCGUUUCUAUAUUUAAGUUGGUACAUUUGGAUUGGUGCGUAUAAAUUAUCAUCAGUUUU